GCAGAGUCUAUGGAAGGAGUCCAGACAUGACGACGGCCAUGGCGGGCGACCGCACUUCGAAGAAAAGAGCGCGACCCGAGAUGGCGUCGCCUGAGGGCAGUCAGGAUCACGACAUGCCCAUCCGCACGGCCAAGAAUGCGGCACUGCAGUCGCUCCAACUCGUCGACUUUCUCCAGCACGACUCUCGUCCCACCUUCAUCCUCGACACGACCGACGUCGACCGCGCCUACAUUGCAUACCGUAACCCCGUCCUCGAACGACUCCUCUGUGCCGCGUGGAACAUCUCCCACUUCCGCGACUGGGCCUCGUCCCUGAGACCGACGACGACGGCUGCCACAUACGGAGGAAGAGCUUGGAAGUGCAUACUACAGGGCCAGAAAUGGCUGGUCGCCAGCGCCAUCGAAGACUCGCCGACCAAGGACCACGACUCUCCAGCAGCGGCGCCACGCGCAGACUCGCAGAACAGCUCGCUCACGAACCGCUCGUCCUCGACCGACUCACGCCGCCAGUCGGUGGCUUCUUCAUCAUGGCGCACCGUGUCCGAAGACGGCGCCAGCCGCUUCCUCGACUGGACACAGGCCCCGUCUCCCGCAAUGUCGUCCCACAUGCACCUCGUGCGCAACUUCCCCUGGCACAAGACGUCGCUCGGCAGCAUGGCCGCAUGGCCGGAAUGCCUCAGAAGCGCCGUGCUCUCGGCCAUGGCCAACCCUGAUCCUCGUCUGCUGCUGUGGGGCGACGACCAUGUCAUGAUCUACAACGAGUCGUGCAUCUCCAUGUUUGGCGACAGACACCCGCGUGCCAUGGGCUCAAAGGCCGAAGACACUUGGUCCGACAUCUGGUCCGACAUGCAGCACCUCAUCCAGUACGUCCAGACCGAAGGGCGAGGCACCCGCUUGAACCGACUGCCCCUCGUCAUGGAACGCAACGGCUACCCCGAGGACACGUUCUGGUCCUUCAAUCUGAUCCCCGUUGUCGGCGCACAAGGCACCACCAUUGGCAUCAUCGACGAGUUCAGCGAGGUCACCGACCAAGUCGUCAUUGACCGCAGAAGAGACGCCGUCGUCCGGAUCAACAAGGGCAUCGCCAAGGUCAACAGCGUCAAGGAGCUCUGGUUUGAGUUCUUGGAAGGCCUCGAGCUGUGCACCGACGACGUUCCCUACGCUCUCCUCCAUACGAACCCAAGCGCUGCCGACCCCUCCGUACCAGACAACAUGUCCAACUCGUCCAACUCUUCCGCUUCCACUACACAACGAUACGCCCUGGAGGGCUCAAUUGGUCUUGCUGCCGGUCAUGCUGCCGUGCCCUUGACCUUCGAUCUCGCCGACUGCGCCACCGACAAGAGCCCCCUCGCUCGAGCAUGCUACAAAGCUUCCAAGACUGGUGAUGUCGUCGUCCUGCAGACAAAAGACAAGUCUCUGCCAGAAGUCAUGUCGGUUGCCGUCCCUGCCAGAGCCUCUGGCGCCAAGGUCCACACUGUCUGUAUCAUUCCUCUACCGGACAUCUCUGGUGACCAUAUCAUGGCUUUCUUGACUCUGGCCAUGACCCCAAGACGACCAUACGAUCAGGAAGCUGCCAUGUUUGCCUACUAUUUGCGGGAUGUCUUGGUCAAGUCGGCUUCUGCCAUUUUCCUUCCAGAAGAGCAGCGCCGUGCUCGUCAGAAGUUUGAGCUGAUUGAAGCUUCCCUCGCCCAACAACUACGCGCCACUGCUCUCGAGACCGAACGCUUGGAGACGAGAUACGCUCGCAUGUCUCAGCUUGCUCCCGUUGGCAUGUACGCAAUCACCCCCGACUCGCUCACUACCUUCUACAACAAGGCUUACCUGGACAUUACCGGCAUCACCGAAGCCUCCAUUGAAGCUCGUACCGAUCCAUUGGAAUACAUCCACCAAGAUGACCGUGAACGAGUCAUGUCUUCCUGGCGCCAGUGUUUGGAAGACAAGCAAUCUUUCACCCUGGAGUAUCGCGUGACUCGUCAAUGGUCGUUUACAGAUCCUAUAUCCGGUGAAACUCUGCUAGGCGACACAUGGGUCUUGGCUACCUCAGCCCCGGAGCUUGAUGACGACGGCAACAUCACCCACGUCCAAGGGUGGUUGCUUGAUGUCAGCGACCGUAAAUAUCACGAAAAGUCUCGUAUUGAGCAGAUCGAGAUUGAACAGUCUGAAACCCGUUUUGCCCGUCUGGCGGCGGACGCUCCAUUGGGCAUGUACUUGCUGAAGCCAAACGGAGAACCUCUUUAUCUCAACGAGGCUUAUUUUAGAAUUCUUGGCUUUACCAGAGAAGAGUUCGACGAGGCCCAACGUAGUGGUGUUGGGUGGGGGGACCGGAUUCACGACGACGACCAAGCCAAAGUCGGCGAAGCGUGGCUCCAACUAGCUCAAUAUGGCACUCCUUUGAAUCUCGAAUACCGCAUCAAGAAGCCUUGGAAGUACACUGACGAAGCGACUGGCACUAAGAUGGUUGGCGAUACUUGGUUACAAGGCACUGCAGUCGCCGAGAUUGGUAUUGACGGCACGGUAGUCGCGAUACAAGGCUUUGUCACCGAGAUAUCCUUAAAAAAGGCGUCGGAGAGUCUAUUGAGCGAGCGCCUCGAAGAUGCACUCGAGCACAAACGUCAAGCAGACCGCUUCAUAGAUAUGACGUCGCACGAAAUGCGGAACCCCCUGAGCGCCAUCCUGCAAUCUGCUGAUGGCAUCUUGACGACACUGGAGAAUAGCAAGCAGUUAGGCUCCGUAUCUGCAUCUGGACCAAUGUCACCAGGUGGCGACGUACUCGAGACCAUCAUGGACUCAGCCCAAACGAUCAUUCUUUGCGCUCAACAUCAGGGACGCAUCGUAGACGAUAUCUUGACUUUGAGCAAACUCGACUCGAAUCUGCUGGUUGUCUCACCUGAUACUGUCGACAUGCCAGGUUUGAUGGAGAAGUGUUUCAAGAUGCACGAGGCAGAGUUGGCACGAGCCAAGAUCAGCAUCAAGCUUCACGUUCACAAGGACUACCGCAACCUCGCUGUCGGCAAUGUCAUGCUCGAUUCCAGUCGCCUGUUGCAAGUCAUCAUUAAUCUCCUUACAAACGCCAUCAAAUUUACUCAAUUUGCAAGCCGCAAGGAGAUUACAGUACACCUGGAUGCUUCCUUGACUCGGCCACAAAUUGGCAUGUAUGGAGCUCCUUAUGUACCUUUUCGCACCAACAGACCGGAACAUCACUUCACCACCGAGUGGGGUACUGGUGACGAAAUCUUCUUGUCUCUAUCAGUCGAAGACAGCGGUAAAGGGAUGAACGAAGAAGAGUUGAGCCUACUAUUCAAUCGCUUCUCGCAAGCCAGUCCCAAGACCUACAAGCAAUAUGGAGGCAGCGGAUUAGGUCUGUUCAUCUCGAGAGAGCUCACAGAUCUGCAAGAUGGUCAGAUUGGUGUACACAGUGCACCUGACAAGGGCAGCACAUUCAGCUUCUACAUCAAGGCCAGAAGAGCCGUUGAAAAUGAUUUAAGCAUAUCGGACGGCACCCUCACCACACCGACCCUCAACACACCAGUGACUUAUACUCGCGACCCGGCUCCGAGAUCCUCAGAAGCAACCCUCGACGUUCGCACGACCACCGAACAGCAUAAUGGCGUUCGCAAGAUUUCCGUCGCGACGGCUGAUCAUACGGAAGAGAAGCCACAUCUGCAUGUCCUCGUGGUUGAGGACAACAUCAUCAAUCAACGGGUUAUGGCUCAACAACUACGUCGUUUAGGCUGCACGGUACACCUCGCAAACCACGGCCUCGAAGCACUGGAGUUCCUCUGCAAAACAGCAUUCUGGUCUGAACCACCCACAGCGGCGACAGGAGAGUCUCUCAGCCCAACAUCAAUAUCCUCAUCAGAAACGACCCCCCUCUCGGUAAUCCUCAUGGAUCUCGAGAUGCCCGUCCUCGGUGGCUUGGAUACUGUAAAACGCAUAAGAUCUCUACAAAACGAAGGAAAGCUCAUUAGUCAUGUGCCAGUGAUUGCAGUCACAGCGAAUGCAAGAAGUGAACAAAUUGGACAUGCUAUUGAAUGUGGAAUGGACAGUGUUGUCACGAAACCUUUCAGGAUACCAGAUUUGAUACCGCAGAUGGAGGGUCUGGUGGAGAGAGUACGGGAAGGGAGGAAACUAGAGAGAUCCGUUGUUGGAGGAUAAUGAGUAUUUGCUUGCAUGCAUUUGGUGUUUCGGUAUCGUGGUCAGCAGGGUUGGGUCUUGGGAGAUACCAUUUUGGGAGGACAUAUGUUGGUAGAGGCGUUGGUUUUGAAGGAAUAUUGUGAUUCGCAUAUAGCCUUGUAUCAUGAGCAUAUAGAUGGGAGGAUAGCAUUUGUGUCCUAUGCAAAUGCAGCUUUGCUCUUCUCUUGUUGGGACUUGCCUUUCUUGACCAGAAAGAUUGAAAUUGCUUGGC